UGUGGUGAGCCUCCCAAUGCACGUGAGUGAAAGUGGGGACGAAGGGCUUGGGAGUAUGUCACCUGAGCCUCUCUCUGUCAUCACAGUAUCAUCUGAGAAUCACUCGGUUAACAACAGCAGUGAGAUUGUCGAAUUGAGACGACAGUUGGAGAGAGAGCGCCAUCAAAGGCUACACCUGGAGAAGCAGAUGCGAGCUAUCCAGGCACAGGUUUAUCCAGACAGAUUCCGUGACAAUCAGGUCAUGACUUAUCAGCCACACGAGGUUAUUGAACACACUGAUAACGUGCUGGCUCAGGAAACAGAGGAGGCAGUGGCUGCCCUCCAGGUGGUCUCGGUGAUGUCAAUACCAGCAGUUGGUUCAACGCAAACAGUUGAGACAUCGAAUGAAGAUCCAACAUCACCACCUCUAUCCCCUCAACCAACUGAAUUGAUCACCGAGGAGAUAAAGGAGGACGAGGUACGCCCUGGUAGUCCUAAAAUCGUUACAUUUGCCGCAAACAAUCAGAUAUUCACAGCAACCAUCGAGGAGGCGAGCAAUACAGAGGCAUUUUCGCCCUCGAGAGUGGCUUAUGCUGGGGAAUUCAAAAAUACUGGUGCACAGUUUAUACCAGCUAGUCCAACGAGACCCUUUUCACCAGCUGCUGAACCCAUUCUACCGAGUGUUCUCGAGGCCGCGAUGAAGGCUGAACCCAAAGUCGAGGUUGAAAGACUGCCAUCGCCCUCGAGCUCCCUGGAAGACGGUACACCUCAGGCCCGUCAUUACCUCGCCAACACAUCACGUCAGAAUCUGGAGACCAUCGUGGAGGCAAUUCGCCACCUGGAGGGUGAUCAUUUAUUCAGCGACGAGCCAGCCCAGGAUGCACCCCUGGCCCUCACCAACAAGCCAACAGGUGCCACAGCAACUUUCACGAAGCAACGACUUCUCCAAGCAGACGUCAACUUCCUCCACCUCCACACAACUCAGCCGAAUCAGCAGCGACCAGGGGUCAUCGUCGUCAAGCACUCGUGAUCAUCCACUUGAAAGCCCUCAGCAUCUUCCUAGAACCCACCAAAAAAUUCAAACCAAAACGAUAAGCAAAACAAAAAUACAAAUCGACAUGUUCAAUCAUCUGGGAAAAAUCCCCAAAAACAUGAGUAAUCAGCACCUGGGGAAUCAUUAGUUGAUCAAUAAUUACUAUUAAUUAAUUAAUAAUUGUCCAAUUAAUUGGAAAAUCAGGUGGUACUGGAGGACAGGAGGUGCCAGUGGGAGAGAAGCAAAAAAACAUGAGAAAAAAAAUUUGAAAAAUCUAAAUCAAGUGGAAUAUUUCAACUUUUUUAUGUAAAUAUCGUAUGUUUUUCUGUUCUCAUGCACUUUGACGACGGAUUCGUCUGUAUCGAGCCCAUUCAUGUGUAAUGAAUGAUGAGAAUAAAUUCGAGAUGUGGGGGAACCAGAGGAAUGAUUUUUUGUUUUUUUUUCUUUUUGAAGAAAAAGGCUCUCAAGUGCGUAAAUAACCCAAUAAAUAUUCCUAGCUUAAAAAACGUACGCUGUAUUAUAAUAUAUUUACGUUUUACUUUUUUCCCCUUUUUUUACGAUUGUUGAAACAAAUAGACUAAAGACGGAUAAAUUGCAGUGGAGGAGUUUACUUGAUUUAACGUGAAUAUUGUAUGUUUUUCAAUGUCUCCUCUGUCGUUGUUAUAUCGUAUGGGGAGGGUUUAAAUAAUAUACGUGCAUGCUUUAUAUUUGACACACAUUAUUGAAGUUUUGUUGGGGUUUUUUUUUUUCAGGUGAAGGGGUGAAAUCAAUUAAAUUUGUCGAUCCUCAUUUCCUCAAUGUUUCAUUAUCUCCCUGUAUCUCGAGAACGAGAGGUGCUGCGACAAAAUGUGAUGAAUAAUUUUUUAUCGAGAAUUUUAUGAGCUGCAAAAAAUGUUCAGUGCAUUUUACGAUACGUUCCCUGGUUCUCAAGAUAUUUCUGGAAUUAACGAGACUCUUUCAUAUCUCGUUAAUUUUUUGUAAUUAUCUCGGUAAUUGUGAGGGGGAGGGGCGAGGGCGGGGCGAAUUUUUCGGUAGGAAUUACAGUCACUGAGGAAGGGUUUAGGAAUUUUUUAGAAGUAUCGAGUCUCUGGGAUAAUCGAGGGAUCAGCGAGGAGAAAUCGUAUUUUUACCUCUUCACCACUGAAAUGUGCCCCAUUUUUUUUUUCUUUUUUCGUUUACUCUGCUUUCUUUUAUUCCACCUGGUGCACAUUGGGGAAAUGUUUGAACCUUCGGUUAAUCUGUGCCAAAUAUCGAGUAUCGAGACUUUCCUUCGUAGACGUAGUGUGAUUUCUCCGUGGGUUGAUCGAGAAUUUCAAUGAAAAUCAUUUGUAAAAACCGCUGUUGAAGGGUUUCUUGGGGAUGUCCACUGGAAGUUUUGACUGGAUAUACCCAAGAAACUAGCUCCCAUAAUCCCCCAUCACCGAAUCAUUUAUUUCCCUCAAAAAAUUUAAAUAAAAACAACAAUCGUCUCAGAAUAAACUAAUGUUAAUCCAAGAAGUAGUAAAAAAUGUUUCGUAUUUCACGAAUAUCUCGAAAACUACUCUAUUCAGAAAAAAAUGUCACAAAGCUUUCUUGUAGAUAUUCAAUUUAUCUACAAAACAUGUCUUUUCACAUUUCCUCCUAAAUCACCUCCCUGGUGAUAUAUUCGCGAUGUAACCGCGAAGAACCAUCGAUUCUGAACAAUUUUUCAUUUCCCAUGACCUCCCCUCUCCCUCCCAUUAAAAAAUUCAUUAAUAAAUUCUCGAUGACCCGUGGAGCCGGCCCCUGAUUGAUGAUCGAAUGUGUAUGCGAUAUUUCUCGAUGAAAACCUCAGCUUUCCCGAAAUUCACACGAGAACUUGAAACUGCAAUAAUAAUAAAAAAUUCAGUGAUAAGAGCAACUGAUAAUAAAUUGAAAAAAAAAAAACCUGCAGACAUGUGAGUGGUGGGACCGUAGACCUUGGAAAUUACUAAUUAAUAAUUAAUAAAACCCACAAGAGCUGAAAAAAAAAAAUUGAAAUAGGAAGUGAACAGAACAGAACAGAACAAAUCGCAGCUAAGUUUAGAUUUCGUAAGAAAUUGUGAGAGAAAUUUGUAAUGCGUGUGAUGAGUUUAUUACUGUAAUGUAUGUAUAUACCCGUAAGUAAAAUUAGUGAUGUGUAGUGACGUAUUUGCCUCUGAAUUAUUGGAUUGAAUUGAAAUGUUAUGGCGAGUUUUUUCGUGUCACGAGGAUUGAGAGACUGAUCUAGGCUAAAUGAAUCAUUAAGAGGACAUUUUAUCGGGUAUUAUUUCGAUCAUUACUCAUUUAUUCGCCUUGGUCUUAUGAUUAAUUAAUUCGUGGUACGAGAGAACUGGAAAAUAACGUUAACAAAAAGAUAAAACAAUUUAUCAUUUAACAAACAAUUUGGAUUUUUACUCGAGGUUGCAAUUCGGUCAUUAUCUUGGAAAGUACCGAUUCCACGGGAAAAUAUUGCUGGAACUUUUUGUCGGUGAGAAAAUUUGCGACAAAAAAUGUUUUAUCAUUUUUUCUCAUAAAUUCAGUGGUUUGUGAGAUAAUCCAAGAAUUCCGGAUUCUCAAGUUUUUGCACUCUCUGGAGACAAAAAAUACUCUGAUUUGUUCGUAUUUUUUAAUAAACAAAUAGUUAUGAUAAUCUGAUGAUGAGGAGGUGGAGACGUCAAGAGUGAAAGCCGAAGGAAUGAAAAUGGAGACUUUGACUGAGGUUUGAAGUGAUUUGACACAAAUUAAGACGAAAAAUUGAACUAAAAAUGUCAGUGGCAUUUUCUCCACAGCAAAUUGAUGUAGAGCAAUGAUGAGGGCCUAAUGAUCAAUUAAUUCGACGAAAAAUGCUAGUCGAGAUGAUGGAAAAUUUUGAAAAAUCCUUUCUACCUUUUCUUAUCCACAAAUCAGCCUCAAAGUGUCGAACUGUCUCGACAAAUUGGCAUUUUCUGUCGGAUUAAUUCGGAGAUAAUCGAUGAAUUUCCAAAAGAAAUUCUUUCGGAAAAAAAAUUUUGUCAUCUCGCCCUUAAAAAGUAUACGAAUAUGUAAGGAAUUUAAAAAAAUGAAACGUUAAACGAAAUUAUCAGCGCGUAAAGAAAAA